UUUCCUCACAUUAGUUAUUUGCGGCAUUCCGCUUGUUUAUUUAGAGACGACGUUAGGACAGUUCGCUAGCGCGGGAUGCAUUUCAGUUUUCAACAUUAACCCGUUAUUUAAAGGAGCGGGAUAUGCGGUCGUAAUAUUAAACGUAAUAGCUGUAACGUACUUCUCAGCCAUCAUGUCAUACCCAGUGCUGUACAUUUAUCACUCAAUGAGCUCACCCCUGCCUUGGCAAAGUUGUGGCAAUUCCUGGAACACGGAUAAGUGCACCGAGAUCGGCGGUAAUAACAGUUUCUUUACCUCGAAUGGAUCUAUUACUACGCCAGAGGAUGAGUUUUUUCACAAUCGUCUACUACGGAUGUCUCCGGGUAUUACUUAUAUUGGUGGUGUCGUGUGGCCAGUGUUUUGGAGCAACGUCAUCUGUUGGAUCAUCGUGUACCUCUGCAUCUGUAACGGAGUCAAAAGCGUCGGAAAGAUCGUGUACUUCACUGUAUUGUUUCCCUACGUAGUGCUGACUGCUUUAUUUAUUCGCGGCGUCACUUUACCCGGCGCCUGGAAGGGCAUUCUGUUCUAUAUCUUACCGGAUUGGGGGCAAUUGAGAAAACCAAAAGUAUGGGCGGAUGCGGCUACGCAGUUGUUUUAUUCUUUAGGCCCUGGAUGGGGUGGACUGAUGGGUAUGGCUAGCUUCAAUAAAUUCCACUACAACAAUUUAAGGUCGUCAGUAAUAAUUCCUCUAGUAAACAGUGGAACCAGUAUUUUUGCUGGGUUCGUAGUUUUCUCCGUACUAGGUUUUGCAGCUGAUCGUUCUGGAGUUCCUGUGGGCGAAGUAGCCACUGCUGGGCCAGGACUGGCCUUUAUUACCUACCCUGCUGCAGUAACCAUGAUGCCUGCACCAAACCUGUGGGCUAUAACCUUCUUUGUAAUGUUGUUCUUCCUCGGAAUUGAUUCAAUGUUCGUCACAAUAGAAGCAAUACUAUCAGGUGUAGUUGACGAGAUCCCCGCCUGCCGCACACGAAAGAAACUCAUCACAUUCCUAACUUGUCUAGUGCUGUUUAGCUUAUCAAUCAUCUGCAACACAGAGGGAGGACUCCACGUGAUUAGCCUACUGGACGCGCACGUGGCUAUAGCCUGCACUCCUCUCGUCUGUGGCCUUGAGAUUAUAGCCGCGCUGUACACCUAUGGCCCUCACAGGCUAUCAGCUGACAUCAAGUUCAUGACUGGACGGCCGCUGGGGAGACUGUGGCUGGUGAUGCUAAGAUACAUCGUGCCUAUUAUACUUGUGGUUAUAACAGGAUACAGCUUAAAAGACGCUGCAGGACCAGCUGGAUGGUGCGUGGCUCUCAUAUCAGUGAUCUGCAUUCCAAUUUACGCAAUUCAACUACUCUUCAAAUCCAAAGGAACGCUUGUAGAGCGUAUUCGUGAAAGCUGCCGUCCAAACAACGAUUGGGGUCCAGCUGAUCCAGAAAUGCGUCACCUAUGGAAGGUUGCUAUCAACAAAAAUAAAAAUAAAGACAUUCAGUUAAAUAAUCUUGAUAUAUAA